CCAUCUCCAGUCCCCAGACUUCGAGUCGCCAUCCAUCUUCGCGCCAUUAUCGCCCACGCCUCUACAGGUCUACUCCCCCUACCCAUUCCAUCCCCUCACAGCAACCGACACAAUGGCGCCAACAAAGGAUCUCCGUCGCGAAGACCUCAUCAUUCCCUACCAGGAACCCAAGGCCAGCGGAGAAGCCGAUGUGUCCUCCUCAAUGGCCUCGACGCUGCCCAUGGCGGCCAUGUUUAUGCGCAACAAGGUGAUUGGAUGGGUUGCUGUCGUCGUGGCGAUCCAGAACUGGCUCGGCGAGAGCUCGUCGCAGAAGAAGAAUGCGGCCAUGCCGGGUUAUUUGUCUGUCCUCAUGUCGCUCGGUGCGCUUUUGACAUCGUAUAUGCAUCUCGUCAUUCCUCAGCCUGGGCAGAAAUAGCGAACGGUUCCGAGUGGGAAAAUAUGGGUUGGGUUUUCUGUAUUGUACGGCGGCGAGAUACCUCUGAUGAAUCGACAAGGCUGUCCGAAUCGCUUUUAUCUUCCGAUUGGGCGUCUACGGUGUAAGGCUGCGGCGUGGCAGUGGGGGAGUAUGAGAUGAUGUUCGAAUAGCAUGCCCAUAUCGAAUCAUCACGCGUGCUGGGUGCCGUUUGGUGGUGGUCUUUGAGCUGAGGCACCGCCGCUGCAAGCUUGAAAACAAUCCAUCUAAUUGUCCUUUGUAUGUAAGCGCUUGGAUUGGCCAGUUGUCACCCUCCGACAGUCCGCUGACGAUGGGGAUGACCUCGACAAUGCGACAUGCAGCAAUGCUGCCUUCGCAUAAUAAUGUGUCCGUUGA